AUGCCUCCGUUAGCACCUCUCGUAUCGAGAUACAACAAGAAAAUCAGUCGCCGUAAAGUUCCAACCCGCGCCGAUCGGGUCCGCCAAUAUGGACGCCGCCACUACUACUGGUACGGCAAAUUCAUUGGCGUCAAUGCAGACACAUCUCCAGAAGACAUCCUGGAAGGAGACCAGAGCUUCAAACUGAAGCGAAAGAGAGAGACGAAGAAAGCGCGCAAGCUGGUCUGGAAGGAACUUGGCUGGGACUGGGAAGCAAACGGACCAAAGGAACACGAUCAGCUCCACGACGCUGAGGAGGAAACCGAGGCAAGGAAGCUGGCGGAGAAGAUGGUUGGUGGCAGGGUUCUCGGAAGCCGCAACGGACAGAUGGGAUUUGGAGGGGAUGGCGAGUGUACUGGUUAA